ACUUCUUCUGCAACUUGAUGGCAACACCUUUGACCAAUCGCACUUGAAGCACUUUUUGCACUUACUACAGGUUUUUCCUUAUGUCUGAAUUCUUGCUCGUGUUGUACGUCGCUUUGGACAAAAGCAUCUGCUAAAUGAAAUUGUAGAACCGCGACCCGAGUGAGGGUAAAGCGGUGUAUAGAGAAAGGAUGGAUGGAUGGACAUCUUCUCCAAACUGACCAGCAGAGGUCCCCAUGUGUUACCAAAUCAUCAUUCAGCAUUUCUCAAUGACUUUGAAGCAAUAUUUUUUUUUUUUUAGAUUUUUCAUCUUUUUAUAAGAAAAAUAAAAGUUAAAGUCAAUAAUGUCCAAUAAUAAGUUUGUAUAUUUGUUUGUGUGACCAACAGAAAUAAAAAAUGUAACACAUUCUAUCUCUUUAAGUGGAUAAAUGUGAUUUACAUGAUUAAGAACUUGAUAGUUGUGACUUUAAGGCUUUACAUCAGGGCUUUCAAAUAUACAGACGACUUUGUAAAGUGUAAAAAUUACAGAGAAUACAUUAACUAAAAAUUGUAAAUUUGUGAAACUACAAAUUUAAAAUAAUUUCUAGAUCCUGACAAGUUGUUUUGAUCAUAAAGUAAAAUACUAUAUUGCUCAUUGUUCUUUUGUAAUUUUGUGUCUUAUUUUUCAAUAUGUUGUCCUGUUUUUGUUGUUUUUUGUCUUUUUUUGUCUGACUUGUUUGUCUCAUGUUUUUGUCGCUUUGUUUCUCUUUUUGUUUUGUUUUUCCUUUUUGUCCUCUUCUUGUCUUUUUUUUUUAAUUGUCUUGUCUGUGUACAUUUUUUGUUGCUUUUUAGCUUUUUGUUUAAGUUUUUGUCCUUUUUGUUUUGUUUCGUGUCGUUUGUCUAAUUUUUGUUGUUUUGUGUCUCAUUUUUGUAAUAUUCUGUCUUGUUUUUUUGUUUUUUUUUGUCUGACUUUUGUCAUUUUGAUCAUAAAGUAAAAUACUAAAUUAUACGCUUCCAGACACCUGUGAUUAAAUGUUAUGUGCCUUUGUAGAUACUCUGAUCUGUAAGUUGUAAUGUGUAAAUGAUAAACUGGGGCAUAAUACUGUUAAAAUUUCACUUAUUUUUCUUAACCCUGUAAACCCAAAUAUUGAAAAAAUGUUAGCAAAACUAAAAAUGACGUAAAAUUAUUUUUAUAUAUCAUAAUAAUAGAAUAAAAUAAAAAAUAAUAAAACUAUAAUAAUGAAUAAUAAACUAAUAAAGAUAAAAUAUAAAUUACAAAAAAUAAAACUGAUAUUGUAUUUUUGCAACAGGGUUAAGAAUUUCAGGUUAUUCAAAAUGUUUUGCAACAAGAUAAUUCAUUAAUUUUUAAAUUAAAGGCCUUUGUUUUUGCACUGAAACAAAGGAAAAAUGUGAAGAUGUGGUUACUUAUUGGCUAUUAUGCUCUGAUUUUGCUGGCCUGGUGCACUUCACAUCAUAUUGGGCUGAUUGUGGCCCCUGAACUAAUAAAUAUAUAAUAUAUCUUUUUAUAAAAUGAGUUUGGCACCCCUGCUUACAUCAUCACCACCCACCAAUCAAGGAAGCUGUUAAGUUGCUUAGCAACAGAACUCACACAAACAGACAGCAUGCUCACUUUUAGAUGCAGUGUUUCCCUACAGGUCAAGCUAAUUAAAACAUUGAGGUCCUUUUGAUAUUUGUUUCUGUUCUCUCGUUCUUCCUGCGAUGGCUGAAAUCAUCAUGUGUGACCCGUCUGAGCUCUACAACCUCCUGAACCAGCGCUGCCGUGUGUCCAGGCUGGCAGAGAUCAACUACCUCUGUUUGGUAGAUGCCCGUGAAACCCAAGAUUACUACACGAGUCACAUCAUAACAGCUAAGAAUGCCAAAGUGGACUCACAAACAUUCCUGCUGCCAGAGGCCGUGGAGGUGGACAGUAUGCAUUAUGUGGUGGUUUAUGACAGCAACACAAGCUGUUUACAAGAACAAGGCAGAGCAGUCGACUGCGCUCAGACUCUGGCAAAGGCGAGUCUCCAUCCAGUCCACAUAGUCAGGGGAGGAUUUGAGAAGUUCUCGGUGCUCUACCCUUUUCUAAGGACUGAGAAAAUCCUUUACACCAUCAUGGAGCUGGAGAACCUGAAGGUUUAUCCAGUGGAGAUCAUACCAGGACUGCUGUAUAUGGGUGACCAGAAGCAAAGCGUGGACACCAGCAUCCUCAGAGACCUGAAAAUCAGCGCCGUCAUCAGCAUCUCACAGAGCGAUACUACAGAAUCUAGAUCCAUCAAGGGGAACCAGACCAUCCUUAACAUCCCAGUUGCUGACACUGUGGUGUCUGAUUUAUAUUCAAGUUUUGAAAGGAUCUGUAGUUGUAUUGAUUUACACAUCAACAUUGACUCUCGUGUCCUGAUAGUUUCCAGGCAGGGAAGAAGCCGCUGCAGUGCCGUGGCCGUCGCUUUUCUCAUGCAUCACCUCAAAUACUCUCUGGAGGAGGCCUGGAAGUACGUUCUCAAAUGUAAACCCACCAUGAGGCCCAACUCUGGGUUUCUGCAGCAGCUGUCUGACUGGGAGCUUCACAUCAUGGGAACAAGGCUGACCAACAUCUCUGGACUUCAGUUUUAACAAAAAACGGUUAUCACAACGGUCUCGAUGAUGUAAUACUACUGCAUAUAAAAAAAACUGAAAACAAGUCGAUUUUAGCUGCCAGGAAAUCUCAACUUUUCUAACUCAGAGGCUGCAGCUCUCCAAAGCUGAGGGGAUUUAAAACUCAGUGUGUGCUGCCUUUUUAAAUCUUCACAGAUCCACAUCGAUCAUAAUAACAUCUAAAGAAUGUGCUCUAUGUGGCCGUAUUAAUGCGUUUAAUUAGAUGAACUUUGGAUUAAAUCCAUGUUGACUCUAUAAUAAUGGAAUUAUCUGGUACUCAUGAGUCACUUAAUGUCAUCCAUCCAUCCAUUCUCUAUACACCGCUUUAUCCUCACUAGGGUUGCGGGGGGUGCUGGAGUCUAUCCCAGCUGAUUCGGGCGAAGGCAGGGGACACCCUGGACAGGGCGCCAGUCUGUCACAGGGCUACAUAUACAGACAAACAAUCACUCUCACAUUCACACCUACAAUUUAGAGUAAUCAAUUAACCUCAGCAUAUUUUUGGACUGGGGGAGGAAGCCGGAGUGCCCGGAGAAAACCCACGCAUGCACAGGGAGAACAUGCAAACUCCAUGCAGAAAGAUCUCAGGCCCAGGCCGGGAUUUGAACCGGGAUGUUCUUGCUGCAAGGCAAAAUUGCUAACCACUAGACCACUGUGCAGCCCUAAUGUCAUCUAAAUUUAUAUUUUCAUAAAAGCACAAAAGAAAAGUGAAAAUUGUUGACAUAACAGCAUUAGUAUGAUUUUGGGAGCGCUUGCUUUGUGCUGAUACUUUAUCUAGAAAUAGGUUACCACUGGACAAAACUAAAUAUUUUCUUAAAACCAUGAAAACUAACCUUUAAUUUGCAACUUCAUAGAAAGAUGCCGUUUCAGGGGUCGAUACAAAACAAUAGGAUAAUGAAUGAGUCGUGCAAAAAGUCCAUAAAAAAGACACACUGUCAUUAAAUAUCCAUUCGAAGGGUCAUUAAAUAGCUCAAUUUAAUCAUUAAACAUGGAUAAAUUAAUGGAGUCUCGAUGCACAAAAUGAACCUAAUUAGUUUCAUGGUGAUUGAUAAUGGAUAAUUAAUGUAUCUGAUUAUAAUUUAAUUUGAAUAAAUUAUUUAGAUUUCAAUAAAAUAAUGGAUUUUAAUUGAUUUUACAAGGUUUUAAGGGUAAGUGACCCCAUACAGUCACCCAAAAACCAGUCCUUGUGUCUUAAUCAGAAAGCUUCAGACACUUUUAGGUAUUAAGGGGUCAUUUUCAUGGUGUUUGUAAAGUUUGUACAUUUCCUCCUUAAAAUCCCCUUAACUAUGCAAAAAAUCCAAUAAAAGACUUUUUCAGUCCCUUAAUAUCCCCUUUAAAUGUCAUAAAAAAUAGCUUACUAAUAAAGGAGUAAUUAAUGAAUUCUACAGUUAAGAAAUUCAUCUUCAUAGUGUGGAUAUAUGCAGUAUCAGUCAAAGGUUUGGACACACCUUCUCAUUCCGUGGUUUUUAUUUUAAAUAUUUUCUACAUAGUAGAUUAAUACUGAAGGCAUCAAAACUAUGAAAGAACACAUAUGGAAUUAUCUAGUAAACAAAUAAGUGUUAAACAAACCAGAAAAUGUUUCAUAUUUUAGAUUCUUUGAUGACAGCUUUGCAUUCUCUUAACAUUCUCUCCAUGAGGUAGUCUCCUGAAAUGGUUUUCCAACAGUCUUGAAGGAGUUCCCUGAGAUGCUGAGCACUUGUUGGCCCUUUUGUCUUCACUCUGUGGUCCAUCUCAUCCCAAACCAUCUGGACUGGGUUUAGGUCAGGUGACUGUGGAGGCCAGGUCAUCUGAAGCAGCACUCCAUCACUCUCCUUCCUGGUCAAAUAGCCCUUACACAACCUGGAGGUGUGUCCUUCCUUGUUCAAUUUAAUUCAGUUUUAUUUAUAUAGCACCAAAUACAGUCAAAUUAUCUCAAGACACUUUACAGAACCCAUAUGCCUGACCCCCAGAGCAAGCCCGAGGCGACAGUUUACAACAUAAUUACAUAUGUGUUCUUUCAUAAUUUUUGAUGGGUACGAUAGUUACCAAAUGUGAGUGUACAAAGUAAAAAUGAAUGUCUAUAUAAUACAUCAAAUCUCUUUUGGUUUCAACAAAAAGUUAUCAUUAAGUUGUUGAUUUAAGCCUCAAAGAGUCAUUAGUGGUGUUCUGGUCCAUACAUGGAUCUGCCAGAGGUGUCAACAAAUAUUGGAGAUGACAGUUUCCCCACUUCACUGUGUUGCAUAAGAGCUAAAAAUACAGGCCACCAGCCAAGAAACCUAUGAGAAACUUCAACCCUAAACUUUGCCUCGCAGGGAAACAGCGUCUCGCGGAAGUAGAACGGACCGAAUAACGACUGUAACGGAAAUGUCUUCCGUUCUUUAAUCACUGCAGAGUUCUGGUGUUAUCUCACCAAACGCUGCUCCUGAAAGAAGACUUUUAACGUCACUAGUUUUCCCUGAGAGGCUGAACUCAGAGCUUCACUUCCCGAAACACCAGAAGCGGUAGUUUAAAGUCGCGGCUGCCGAUUGGCUGAAAUGAGGAACGAACCACCAGCGUGAAAUCUGAUUGGACAACGUGACUGCAAGCUGUCCUUACUGUCAGCACCGAUGCACCGAGCGGAAAUAAAAAUAAAAGCACAUAAAUUGGAAUUAUUGGAAUUCUAUUAGAUUGGACUUUUAAAAAGAUAGCUGAUUUCCUAUUGAAAAUAAACUCAGCCUAAUCACAGCUGCAUACAUGAUAAACAAAGCAGCACUGUUACAUAUACUAUUAUGGAAGAGAAAAAGAUAUACACUAAAAAUGUAAAAAAACAAAACAAAACAUUUUAUAUUGAGCUCACACUGAAUUUUAUUUUGCAUCCGUAAGAAUAACUUCUUCUCAAAGAUAUUAAGUCUUAAGUAAUGCACUGUGCAGUCAGCUACAACCUGGCUUUAAUUUAAUUUGACGACAAAAUGUUGGAAUCCCUCACAUUGUCUAUGAACAGCGUGUUUUUCUUCAACAAUCUUGAAAAAAUACAGAUUUGAUUACCUACAUAUUUGUUACAUACAUAUACAUUUUUACAUAUUUGAGAAAAUAAGUAACAACACAGAAUUAAAGUUAUAGUAAUAUAUCAAAUAGAUUAAUUUCUCUUAAAAGGAUGGACUGGACAAAUUUAAUUGCAUCAUUUAUUAUUAUGUUUGAAGUUGGGCUUUCCUUUGCAAGAAUCUGGAGCGGUGGCAAGGAUCUGCUUCCUACUCAACAUUUACCAUAAAAUGUACAAAUAUAACAACAAAAGACACACAUGAAAGUCUCUAAAACAGGGAUUCAGGGUUCCAGGGUUUCCUCUGUAAAAAAAAAAAAAAAAAAUACAAAAAAAACCUAUCGAACCAAUUUUUACAAUGUGAAUCUGCACAAUCUGGACUUCUAAAUAGGUGAGUUUUUAGAGGGCAAAUUAAUGCCACAAUUUAUUAUUAUUAUUAUUAUUAUUAUUAUUUAGUUGUUUUCAAGCAUUUUCACAGUUUUUACUGAUAAUU